UUGCUGCCAGAAGGAAGAACGGAAGGGAUAAUGAUAUUUUAGGAGGUAGAGAUAGAUGGCCAUGGCAGCAUCAGCCUCCUGUUGCUCGCCUCCACCUCCGCCUCCUCGCCUUUCUCCCUCCUCCACACGCAGCAGCAGCUGUCUCAUACACACAACCUCUACCGUCACUCGGCGUCCUCCUGCCAACGCGCGCUGUCGUCGCAGCCGCCCUGGUGCGCUGCCGGACACAGCGGUGCUUGUGGCCGGAGUAGCAGCGGUGGGGGUGGCCGCCACCGUCCUCCUGCGGGGCGACCAGAAGCAGCAGCAGGCAGCACCUACUGAGCAAGAGGCAGGAAAGAAGGCAGAAGAAGCGUGCGGCGCCUGCGGUGGUACGGGCCUGUGCCCCCGGUGCAAAGGGGAGGGGUUCGUGUUCAAGGAGGUGGCGGAGGAGACGGCGAGCAAGGCGAGGAGGGCGGCCAAGAACAUGGCCACCAGGUACACCGCAGGGCUCCCCACCAAGUGGACCUACUGCAACCGCUGCUCCUCCACCCGCUCAUGCACCGCCUGCGACGGCACCGGCACCACGGCCGCCGCAACGAAAUAGUACGGUAGACUGACUCGGUAGCCAGCCACCAUCACUUCACUUAUGUAUGUACACACUGGCAUUUUCUAUCUAAUACAUUGAUUCUUAUUA